AUGGGCCGCGCCAUGAGGUGGCUCAAGAAGGUGCUCACAGGCGGAAAGAAGGAAGGGGACAGGGACCGGGGCAAGGAGCUCCCGCGGAACGCCGCGGCAGCGCACAGCGACGCCGCCAUCGCUGGGCCGCCAAUCGAGAGGAGGCGGUGGAGCUUCGCCAAGGCCAGGAGCAGCGUCGCCGACGCCAGCCGGCGGCCCUCCGUCACAGCCGUCGUCGCAGGGGAGCUCUACCAGGUCAGGCCCUGCGGCUGCGGCCAGGACCGCCACGUCGAGGCCGCCGUCCUCAUCCAGAAGGCCUUCAGAGGAUACCUGGCUAGGAAGGCGCUCCGUGCCCUGAAAUCGCUGGUGAAGCUCCAGGCUCUGGUGCGCGGCUACCUGGUGAGGAGGCAGACGGCCAGGACGCUGCACCGUCUUCAGGCGCUCAUGAGGCUCCAGGCCUCCUCGCACGCUCUCAAGAACCCGUCGUCCCGGAGAUCCAUCGAACAGGAGCGCAAGACGUUGCUGCCGGUGGCGCACCGGCGGCGCCUGUCGGAGGGCGGCGACGCUGGCUUCGACCGCAGCCCUCGGAUCGUGGAGAUGGACACGUGCCAGCUGCGGUCCCGGUCGUCCCGGAUCCCGGUCCGGUACGCCGCCGACCCGCACUCCGCUCCGCCGGUGGCCUCCCCGCUCCACUACUUCUGCAAGCCGCCGUCGCGCCUCCAGCUCCGUGAGCUCGAGGCGCGGGAGCUGCCCAAGACGACGCACAACACGCCCCGCCUCAGCGUCGGCGCGCUCCCGGCCGUGGGCGGCUCCCCGGCCAAAGCCCGGCCCUCCUGCGGUGGCGGCGGGCGGGAGUCGAGCAGCCCGCGGUACAUGGCGGACACGGCCUCGUCUGUGGCGCGCACUCGGUGCCACAGCGCGCCGCGGCAGCGUCACGCCGCGCCAGGCGAGCCAAAGCAAGCUGCGCUUGGCCGCGCCGUGUCGAGGAAGACGACGCCGCCGCAGCAGUACCAGCAGACGCAGGACAGCUUCAGCUUCCAGAGCUCGGAGGCCACGAGCCGCGUGGAGGACUACUCCGAGAUCAGCGACGAGGUGACCAGAGACUACUACCUCGACCAGCUCUGGUGAUCCUCAUUCCAUUGACAGAUCCGACCUCUACUGAUCAAUUA